GUGUAAUGGCGCAGGCGUGAGUAGGGUGUACGUUGCUGCUUUACUUGUCGGUUCCAGGUGCCAGUGUUGUUUGUGGUUGUCUAGGAGCUUCUCUAAAAAAGAAGUAAAAUACUCUGCUGUCGCUGUAUAAGAUGUUCUGAGACUCCUUAGACUGAGCUGCGAUCCCUACUAUAUAAAGGAAGGCCAGGCCGGCCGGAGCAGCGCCGCCGGCCGCCAUGCGGCUCCGGCUCGCAGUGCGGUGACCCGACCCGACCCGACCCGACCCCGUCCCGCCCUGCCUCGCCCCGCCCUGUCGCCCGGCCAUGGCGCGGCCGGUCCGCAAGUGGGAGCAGUUCCCCGGGCGCAACCGCUUCUUCUGCGACGGCCGCAUCAUGAUGGCGCGCAAGAUGGGCAUCUUCUACUUCACCGUCACGCUCAUCGUCGGCACGACGACGCUGUUCUUCGUGUUCGACUGCCAGUUCCUGGCGCAGCGCAUCACGCCCGUCAUCCCAGUGGUGGGCGGCGUGCUGUUCGUGUUCGUGAUGGCGGCGCUGCUGCGCACCAGUUUUAGCGACCCGGGUGUCAUCCCGCGCGCUACGGCCGACGAGGCGGCCGACAUCGAGCGUCAGAUCGUGCCGAGUAACGCGAGCAGCUCGCCGACGUACCGGCCGCCGCCGCGCACGCGGGAGGUCACGGUGCGCGGCCAGCCGGUCAAGCUCAAGUACUGCUUCACCUGCAAGCUGUUCCGGCCGCCGCGUGCCUCGCACUGCAGCAUAUGCGACAACUGUGUCGAUCGCUUCGACCAUCACUGCCCCUGGGUGGGCAAUUGCGUGGGAAAGCGCAACUACAGAUACUUCUACAUGUUCAUCGUAUCGCUAGCUUUUCUCUGCGUGUUCAUAUUCGCCUGCGUAAUGACUCAUCUUAUCCUGUUAACCAAAGACGACAGGCAGUUUCUGGACGCCAUGAAGGAGUCGCCGGCCAGCGUGAUCGAGGGCGUGAUAUGUUUCUUCUCGAUCUGGUCCAUCCUGGGCCUGUCUGGCUUCCACACGUACCUAGUCUCCUCCAACCAGACCACCAACGAGGACAUCAAAGGCUCCUUUACUGGGAAGCGCAGCGAGGAAGCCUUCAAUCCGUACGGACAGGGGAAUGUUGUCUCAAACUGUUUAGACGUCCUCUGUGGACCAACUUAUCCUAGUUUAAUAGACCGGCGCGGUCUGGUGACGGUGGCGGAGCCGGCGGCGGCGGCGCGCGGCGCGGCCGACCAGGCCGACGCCCGGCCUGGCCGCUCGUAUGGCGCCGUGCGCAGCGGCCAGCCCAAGGGCGCCCCAGCGAACCAGGUCGUGCCGCUCCCGGACCGCAAAGAGGUGUACGUGGAGCGGGGGGACUUCUAG